AUGCAGCAGCUCAGAGAGGAUGACGUAGAGAUCAUUCAAUAUGGCACAGGAGAAAUAUGGGAUCAGAUGAGAGAAUUGGUCCGUUUGGCUAACUGGACUACGCACGAUGCGGCCACAUGGCAACUCUUUCCCGAGAGGAAAAAUAUCUAUCCAAUUUUUGCCAUAAGAAAAUCAGACAACUAUCUGCUUGGCGGUGUUGCGUUAGUCGAGACGGAUAUCGUCCUAGGUGCCUUCUAUGUGAUGAGGCCUGAACUACGAGGAUUAGGUACAGGAAUGAAGAUGAUGGUUCACCUGCUGCAUCUACUAAACAAUGAUCUCAAGCAUAAGCCGGCCAUAGGACGAGCAGUCCAAGCAAUGCUCGAAAAGUACAGUGGACCGCCAUUUAACGCCAUACACCAUCACGAGAUGUACCGUUUCAUGCUUUCGAAGGAAGAAAUCUUAAAAAUGUUUCCAACCACAGGCAGCACUCUAGUACCGAUAUCAGUCAAGGAUAUGAAUCCUGCUCAGUUUGAGAAGGUUUGCGCCUAUGAUGAGCUCGUUACCGGACGUAAUCGUCGAGAGUUCUUGAAGGAAUUCUAUUCAGUCUUUUUCACAAACGGCGUCGGUUUGUUCGAUGCUAGUGGAAAUGUGCAUGGGUUCAUUGGAGCAGUGCCUACAGUGGCUGAUAAUCAGGUUAUCAAAAUCAGUCCGAUCUUCGCCUCAAACAACAACGACGUCGGAUACUUGCUGAAGUGCAUUUUGGAGAUGAUCCCGAAACCCGACGCCAAGUAUGCUAUACAUCCAACUACCAACAGUGCUGGAGACUGGAUGCUUCAGAAAUGUCGCGAUGCCGACAUUCCCCUCGUGUUCUGCGGUACGGCUGGUAAUUCUACGCAUAACAAUAUCAUCUACAAAGAUCCUUGCAAAGUCGAAUUAAUGUACGCUCCCAUGAAUAGCGCGCUUUUCUUCGAUCGAUAG